GUGCCAGUGAAAGUGAAUUCAAGUGAAGGAUCAUAAAGAAAGUUACACCAAAUAUAUAUAAGGGAUUCAGUUAUCCUAAGAAAUUAUUUCAGGGACACAGUGCAAGGACCUGAAAGGACCUAAAAGAUAAAGACUCUACCGAGUGUAGAAUAUGGAUGUGGACAUUGUGCCUUAAACUGUGAUUCGGAUAAGGAAUUAUGCGGUCCAAACGAAGGAUAUUCAAAGUAUAUUCCGACACUCAUAUUGAUUAUUGUUUUAAGGACUUAGAAGACUCUUAGUUAAAAUUUAAAGGGAAAACUCUUCGUACAUCCUAGUCAUGCCGGGUCUUUUGUAUUCUCUGAUUUGUUGUGGAUUGUUCUGUUUACCGCUAUGCGGAUCUGAAUACACCUAUCCCCGGCUGCCGAAAUCGGUGAAACCCUUGAGCUACAACCUAAAGGUUCUCACCCAUCUGCAUGGACCCAAGAAAUUCACCUUCGAAGGCGAAGUCCACAUUCAAUUCGUGACCCGAGUCGAAACAGACAAUAUAACGCUACAUGUCGGAAAUAUUACGAUCCACGAAUCCAAAAUUAAAAUAAUUGCCCUAGAUGGCAAUGACACCGCAUUUGAGCUCGAUGGAACUGGAGAAGUUCCGGAGAGACAAUACUAUAUGUUGUACGUGAAUGUGAAGUUUGUACCCGAUGUGGUCUACGAGCUGAGAAUGGCCUUCUCCGGCGAUAUAAUUGAGGCCGGAGAUGGCUACUAUUGGAAUAAGUACACGGACCGACAGAACGAUACCAGAUUUUUGACGGCCACUCAGUUCCAGCCAACACUCGCGCGGGAUGUGUUUCCCUGUUUCGAUGAGCCCAGUCUGAAGGCGAAUUUUACCAUCAUAUUGGGUCACGACAAGGCCUAUCACUCGCUCAGCAAUAUGCCCGUUAAAAAAAUCACUCCACACCCUGAGCUGCACAAAUACGUUUGGACUGAAUUUGAGGAGACCGUUCCUAUGCCCACCUACCUGGUGGCCUUCUCCGUGAACGACUUUGAUCAUACAACGACGAUAAAGUCCGACAGCGGUGUGGAGUUUCGCUCCUGGGCCCGUCACGACACCAACGCCACGACCCUGGCUGCCAUGAUAUAUGGCAAUGUAAUGGGCUUCCAGGUUUUGCAGAGUCUGGAGACACUGUUCGGGAUCAACUACGCCCUGCCGAAGAUGGAUCAGAUGGCCGUGCCCAACUAUACGGGAGCGAUGGAACACUGGGGCCUGGUCACCUACCAGGAAUCGCGGAUCUUCUGCACAGACGAUACGACGGUCGCUGACCGACACGCAAUCGCAGGGAUGGUGGCCCAUGAGAUGGCCCAUCAGUGGUUCGGUAAUCUGGUGACGGCCAAGUGGUGGUCGGAUGUGUGGCUCAACGAGGGGUUUGCCUCGUACCUUGGCUGCUAUGUCCUGCAAGAUCUGAUGCCUAAUCAAGAUCCUUGCGAGCACACGAUUGUCACGAGUCUGCGCACGAUUUUCAGUGAGGAUGCGAACAACAACUCGCAGAGUUUCUCGCGAUCCGUAAUGGACGGCGAUGAGAUCAGCGCCACCUUCGACGAGUUCUCCUACGGGAAAGGUGGCAUUGUCUUUCGAAUGCUGCACCACUUUCUGGGCAGCGACGCAUUCAAGGCGGGCAUGCGUGACUAUCUGAAGCGGUUCGCCUACGGCAACGCAGGCAAGAAGGAUCUUUGGGAGGCUUUCACUCGGGCAGCGGAUGACAAACCUGAGCUGCCGGCCAACAUCAGUGUGGCCACCAUUAUGAACUCGUGGACGAGGCAGCCGGGCUAUCCGCUCAUAAAUGUCACCCGGAACUAUGACACUGGCUCUGCGGAUAUCACGCAGCAGCGCUUCCUGCAGGAUCAGCAGGAGGAUACGCGGGAGGAUUGCUGGUGGAUACCACUCUCCUUCACUACGGCCAAGCGUUUGGACUUUAUGAACACCGAACCUCGCCAUUGGUUCCAGUGUCCGAGCGAUUCAGACUCCGGUACGGAUUCUGUUCCAGAUGUAUUGACCAUUCCAUUGCACGUCUCGGCCCAGCAGUGGGUCAUCUUCAAUCUGCGUAUUUCUGGCCUUUACAAAGUCAACUACGACAGGAAGAACUGGGAGCUUCUCGUUGACACCUUGAACAGCGAACACUUCAGCAAGAUUCACGCCCUGAACCGGGCCCAGCUGGUCGACGAUUCCCUCCUUCUGGCCUGGAGCGGGUACAUCCAGUACGAUGUGGCCCUGCCACUGGUGAGGUAUCUGAGCCGGGAGCUGGAGGCUGUGCCCUGGCUGAUGGCCAUGGCCAGUCUACAGAAACUGACCAGCAUCAUGAGGCGCACAGCCCACUAUCCCAGCUUCAGGGGCUUUGCACAGCUGAUAACGACUCCCAUCUACAAGCAUCUUGGGGGACUCAAAGACAAGAGGGAUCUGAGCCUCAAAAAGCAAAUCCUCAAGGCACAGCUCGUUUCGUGGGCCUGUGCGAACAGGGUGGCACGCUGUAUAAAGGAUGCGAAGGAUUUGUUUCUUCGCUGGCGAUCGGCCAGCCUUCCGGACCAACACAAUCCCAUUCCCGUGGACCUCCGUCCUGCCGUAUACUGCACGGCCAUUGCCGAAGGCGAUGAAAUAAAUUGGUACUUCCUGUGGCGGCGCUACAACAGUCCCAGCAAUCUGCAGCCGCGUGGCAUGCUUCUGAGCGCCUUGGCGUGCACGCAGAGACCGUGGGUGGUGCUCAAGCUCUUGGAUUUCAUUAUGCGACCGAAGGGCGUAAUGCCCGAUGAAGAUGUUAUUGCUGCCGUGGAUUCGCUCACCAAUCAGGAUGUGGGCUUUCACAUAGCCAAGGCCUAUUUGAUCGAACGUUUCACGGGAACCUUACCCAAAAGCCGCAGGACCGUUGUGAAUUUCACCCAUCUGCUGAUUGCCUUGACCCGAAAGAUCCACACCGAGAGCGAUGCGCGAUACUUUUCCGGCUUGAUUCGACUGCACAUUCCGAACAUCCAGUCGGAGGAAAUAAUGUAUAGGCUCCGGCAGGCCGUGAGCACGAUGGUGGGCAACGUUAAAUGGCGGGCACGCCAUGCCAAGACUGCGGCCAGUGCACUCCGGAAGGCUAUGAAGUACAAGGACACAGAGGAGGUGGUAAGAGUGGAGGAGUAUGGGGGUUAGAAAUGUACCGAUACGAGUGCUACAUAUAUGUAGAUGUUGUAUAUUUCGUAUAUUUAGUUAAGCUAGAACAUGCUAAUCCAUAAUGAACAUAAAUAUAACUGGAUUUCCUUCCAUAAUCAUACAUACAUGUGUGUGUGUGUGUGUGUGUGGUUGUGUGUGUGUUCGGAAUCGGUUGAUCCUGUUUGAUCAUCUGUAUUUAAAUGUUAAUGUAAAUGUUACAAAUUACAAUGUACAUAAUUAUUUGCUUUGUAAAUGUUAAUAUCACUAUAGCAGCGCUCUUGGAAAAAAUAGAAGGAGAACCUAAACGGAAACUAGUAAGUAUAACUAGAAGUAAAACUAGAGACUAAGGAUAAUAAUGCGAAUGGAGAAACUAAAUCUAAUUACUCAGCCAGGCUUCGUUUUUCACAUUCACAAAAGUUUUCCGACAUAAAUUGGGGCUCCCGUUUUCACAUUCCGCAAGAUUUAUUCGUUUUCAAA